ACCGAGAAAAACCAUUUCUCGCCCUUUCUUUCGUUCGUUCGUUCAUUCGUUCAUUCAUUCAUUCAUAUAGUUGAGUACGCAUUUCACCCAUCAGUAGUCGACUAGCUUAGCAGGCAGAAGGUGUAAAGGUUUUGCUCAAUGGCGGCGGCUGCGAGGAGCGCGAUACUUAAGUACCUGAGAGUUCCAGUUCCGGCUGUGCCAUCAAACCCUAGCUCCACCACCCCUCUCUUUCUCUCCCCCUUUAACGCCAUACGACGCCGUCUCUUCUCCGAGGAGGUCAGGGGCACGUUCCUCGACAAAUCCGAGGUCACCGAUCGUGUUAUCUCUGUCGUCAAGAACUUCCAGAAAGUCGAUCCCUCUAAGGUUACACCAAAUGCUCAUUUCCAGAAUGAUCUUGGAUUAGAUAGUUUAGAUGCUGUGGAGAUUGUGAUGGCUCUUGAAGAGGAGUUUGGGUUUGAGAUCCCUGAUAAUGAAGCUGACAAGAUAAACUCAAUUGGUCUUGCUGUGGACUUUAUUUCUUCUCACCCUCAGGCGAAGUAGGGGAAAGGCAUGAGGCUCCUUUUUUAAUUCUCUCUACUUUCCUGCAAGGAAUAGAUGCCAGUAGAACUUUUGGAUAUUCUUACCUUUUACUCCCAUUUCUAAAUACCCAUUUAGGGUUUGCUGCUCCUUUUAAUGUUGUUUAAAGAGAGUAGUAUUUUGUUGGUAUGCUUCAAACAUGGGUGCUGCGGUUCCAGCUUAUGGAUGGAGAGUGACUCUUUUAUUGUUUCGUAGAUGUUUUGUUUAAAUAAAAAUCAUCCAAGUUUGUUGCUGUUAUAA